CAGAUAAUCUUACAGAAUCAUUAUGAAACCUAAUUGACUGUUCCUAGUAAAAACAGUAGAAUCAUCGUUGCCAACUGUCUGUUUGGUACGCCCUGGUGCGCUCUCUCUCUAGAAAAAGUUGUGGCCUUUCCCUGAGACCGUACAGAUCGGCUCAUCUCGAACCCGAAUCAAUACCCUUCAAGAUGCCUUCCCGAAGAAGAACGCUUUUGAAGGUUAUCAUACUCGGCGACAGCGGGUUAGUACGUCACCCCUUAUUUAGCUAUGGAAUUUUCAAGUUCAUAAUAUUUCCUCUCAAAAAAGCACAUCAUAAGGCAUCCUAAACAUGCAAUUGGGUCGGCAAGACCUCGUUGAUGAAUCAAUAUGUAAAUAAGAAGUUCAGCAAUCAGUAUAAGGCCACCAUUGGAGCUGAUUUCUUGACCAAGGAAGUGCAGUUUGAAGACAGGCUAUUCACUUUACAGAUAUGGGAUACAGCUGGUCAGGAGAGAUUUCAGAGUCUGGGGGUUGCCUUUUACCGAGGUGCAGAUUGCUGUGUCCUUGUCUAUGAUGUGAAUGUGAUGAAGUCCUUUGAAAACCUAAACAAUUGGAGGGAGGAGUUCCUUAUUCAGGCAAGUCCUUCUGAUCCAGAAAAUUUUCCAUUUGUCGUGAUUGGCAACAAAGUUGAUGUUGAUGGGGGCAACUCUAGAGUGGUAUCUGAGAAGAAGGCAAAGGCUUGGUGUGCCACUAAAGGGAACAUCCCGUACUUUGAGACUUCUGCAAAGGAUGGCAUCAAUGUGGAAGCAGCUUUUCAAUGCAUUGCACAGAAUGCCCUAAAAACUGGGGAAGAGGAAGAAAUAUACUUGCCGGACACCAUAGAUGUUGGCGGGAGCAGCAACCAGCAGAGGCCAUCUGGAUGUGAGUGCUAAGUAAUUUGUUCAUUGUUUUGGGUAAACCGAGAUCUCCCCGUAGCACUAAGAAAAGUGUGGACAACUUGUGCUCCUGUGAUUUUAUUCUUUUUUUGUUGGUGUCCCUAUUUUAAUUUUUUCUUUAUGAGUUAUUUUGUUUGUGAAUUAAGCUUCCUUUGUACAUUUUUCUGUAUUGAGCCCCCGUGGUUGUUGAACGUAGUUGUUAAUGGAGUGGUACUCAAGUCAUAAUAACAUGUUGAUUCCCAGGUUCUGGAAUAUUUAUUGUUUAGAAAACUAGAGUUCCAAUAAAAAAUGUAUGUGUCGAC